AUGUCGCCUCUGAACCCACUCGCCGCGUACACCAAGGUCGUCGUCUUCCUCUGUUCGGCGAUGGUUAUGAUUCGCUUCAACAAUCCUCUCACCUGUAUCGCCAUUGGCUUGAAUGUGGUCUUGAACAGGAUGGACAUCGAUUUGUCUGCUCCGUUCCUGUGCGCUCCGGUCCUCUCCUACGCCGUCAUGGCAAAUUUCUGUCCUCAACUCAUAACUUCUUGGCUCCACCGCUCUCAAGACUUAGUAGCAUGA